AUGGAUGAUGCUUGGAACGAGCUUUCGUUCGACUUUGAGCCGGCAGUCCAAGCAGCCCUGCCUCCCACGUCUUUGGGGAACACGAGAGACCGCUUCAGGACACAGGUAUGUCGCCAUUGGCUGCGAGGCCUGUGUAUGAUCGGCGACAGCUGCGGCUACUUGCACAAGAUGGACCGGAAUAGGAUGCCUAUCUGCAGGUGGCGAACGGAUUGCCAGGUGGAAGGGUGCGCGUUUCGGCACGAGGAAGAGCAGGAGGCCCCGGAGUGCGCCAUGUACCAGCAGGGCUUCUGCCGCCAAGGGCCCACGUGCAGGUUUAGGCACGUGAAGCGAGCGAGGGAGGACUGCCCCGAAGUGGCCGACUUCUCUCUAGCAAACCCCACCAGCCUCCACUCCAACAGUGCCGGCGGCAGGGCCAUCCCUCCCGGAGGCUUUAGCAGGAGCUUUGGGGGAGGCAGCUUUGGGGGCGGGGGCGGGGGGGCAGCGCAGAGGGGCGGGGGGGGGGGUGAACACGCCGGGAGAUAUUUCGGCAAGAACCAGAUGUGCAAGUACUGGACGAGCGGGACCAAGUGCCCCUGGGGGGAUGCGUGCAACUACGCCCACGGGGAGGAAGAUCCCCGACGAGAUAAAGGCUCUGGCGGCGUUGGUGGCGGGUUCGGGUCACGGUUCGAGUCGCGAAAAGACCCUUUGACCGAUCCCGACAUCGAAGCAAUCGUGCCGGUGAAGGACGGAGAAAAGGCCAGAUUUUUCGUGCUGAGGAGCCUCAACCACGACAACCUUGCGGUGAGUGCUGUCCAGAACAAGUGGUACGCCCGUCGGUUCAACAUCAUGCCGUUCAACUCGGCCUUCGACGGCCCGGGGAGGGCUUUCUUCUUCUUCACGGUGAACCAGAGCAACAACUUUCAGGGGUGCGCGGAGAUGACCUCACGGGUCCCCCAGAUGGGACCACGAACGGAGGAAGAGCAGGUGAUGGAGUUCUCCGUCAAGUGGCUUAGGCUGUGCGAGCUGCCGUUUUCGGUGGCCAGUCAGGUCAAGAACCCUUCGCAAGACAACCUCCCGAUCUGGCGGGCUAGUCACGGCAUGGAGAUUCCCUACGAGGCGGGACGAAAGCUGUGUAAGCUUAUGUGGGCCCAGCCGGAGAUCGACCUCCCACAGCACGUGGUCCAGCAAGCGAAAGACGCACCGUUCUCCGGGGUGCUGCCGGCUCGCUCCCCCGCCUCCGGAGGCAACCCCACGGGGCCCCCCGGAAUGAGGGGUCCCCCCAAUAACCUCGUGCGGGUAGGGGGGCCGCCGCUUGGGGGGGGGGCUCCGGGGGGUGUAGAAGGGGUUUCGGGGGGCGGGGCGGGGGGAAGUGGGGUGGGGGCGGGGUCGCUGCAGCUUCCGGGCCAGCAGCAACAGCAGCAGCAGCAGCAGCAAAAGCAGCAACAACAGAUGCAGAUGCAGAUGCAGCAAGUGCCACCACAAUUUGAUGGUCCGCCAGGGUUUCUGUUCGAAAUUGAGUCGGAGUUCUUUGACGAAUGUGUGGGGAAGCUCUUGUUCGGCCUCCCGGCCAGACUACCCCCCCACGCCCACGAUGCCAUUCAACCUGGAAACCCCUUGUUCUUGUGGGACCCGGGAAACGGCCUCGUCCUCGGGAUUUUCCGAGCCGUGUCUGGGCUGUCGGAGCGUAUCGACGGGACGGCGUGGGCUAGACCGGGCAUGGAGACGCCUUUGCCUUGGCAGGUUCGAGUGUCGGUGGAUCUAAAGGCUCCGCCAAUCAAGGCGGGGGAACCGAUCAUCCGAGAGGUGUUCCGAAGCGGCAUGGUAGAACCGGGGGCGUUGGAUCCACGGCAGGCGGACAUCCUGGCAUCUACGAUGGCGGGCCGCAUGCGGCCGCCACCGCCGGGGGUAGUCCCGGUACCAGGACCGGCGGUAGCGGUAGUGCCAAGGGAUGUGGGGCCACCGGGUUUCAACGGUCCCGUUGUAGGCGGUGGCGGUGGCGGCGGCGCCCACCGGGGUAGGGGCGGCAGGCGAAACAGGAACGGGGGCGGUAAAGGGCACAGAUCUGGGAAAAAAUAG